UACGUGGCAGAAUUGUAGCGUCUUGUUUGGGAAACAAAACUGCGUUUCACAGUAGCAGAACAUCAAUGGCUGCUCCUCUCAUUGCAAGAAAUCCUAUAUUCCACACUCACCGAUUCACCCUAUCAUCUUCCUUCAGAGCUAAAUCUAUUUCCCUCCUCAAUUUCGCAAAGAUGGAAGGAAGUGAAAUCUCUGAAGAGGUGGUAGAGAAAGCACAAGAUGAUUUGAGUGUGAAGAAGAAAAUUUUUGUUGCUGGUGCAACUGGUAGUACUGGUAAAAGAAUUGUUCAACAGUUACUUGCAAAGGGUUUUGCUGUUAAGGCUGGGGUUAGAGACUUGGACAAGGCUAGGACCACCUUUUCCUCUAACAACAAUCCAUCUCUUCAAUUUGUGAGAGCUGAUGUCACAGAUGCUUCUGAUAAGCUAGCUGAAGCUAUUGGUGAUGAUACAGAAGCAGUUGUAUGUGCCACAGGCUUUCGACCAGGGUGGGAUUUGCUUGCUCCGUGGAAGGUUGACAAUUUUGGCACUGUAAACCUUGUUGAAGCAUGUAGGAAAGUCAACGUUAACCGGUUCAUUCUUAUAAGUUCCAUUUUAGUCAAUGGAGCAGCUAUGGGACAGCUACUCAAUCCCGCUUACAUCUUUCUCAAUGUUUUUGGACUCACCUUAGUGGCAAAAUUACAGGCCGAAAAUCACAUCAGAAAAUCCGGUAUAAACUAUACAAUAAUUAGACCUGGAGGGUUGAAAAACGAACCUCCAACCGGAAAUGUUGUUAUGGAGCCUGAGGACACCCUUUAUGAAGGUUCCAUAUCCAGAGAUCAAGUUGCAGAAGUAGCUGUGGAAUCAUUGGCUUAUCCUGAGGCAUCUUACAAAGUUGUGGAGAUAGUUGCUCGACCUGAUGCUCCUAAGCGUGCAUACCAUGAUCUUUUUGGUUCCAUAAUUCAAGCAUGAUAUCUGAGUUUAGCCAAUUGAUUUCCUUGCAUUUCUGAGUUUUGUGGUGGAAAUUUUGUAUUGAACUUCUGUUUUAAAUGUGUUAGUUCAUUGAACUGUAUACCAAAGUAAUGCGUGUAAAUAUGAAGGCAUGCCAUACCUUUCAUGUUAUCCUUCUGAUUCUAUUUUCCUCAUUAAAGGUUAAUAAAAAGAUUUCAAUAGAAAACUAACA